UUUGUACGACUAUAGUAGAAUGUUAUUGAACUGAAGUAAAGUGAUAUCAAACAAUAUGGAUAAAAAUAUUUUAUUAAUAACUUUUAUUUUUAUGAUCGAAUCGAUCACGAUUCUAGUUGCAGUUGAUGUAUCAGAAUGUAGUAAAGUAGAAGCACCAAAACCAGUACAUGUAGAUAUAAAAGGUUGUACUGAAGAACCAUGCUUACUGCCAAGCGGUCAAAAUGCAAUAAUGGAUUUAACUUUUGUCGUUCCAAAUAACUCCGAUAUAUUAUGGGCAAAAGUGAAUCCAAUAGUUUUUGGUAUCGAAGGUGUAUUUGAAUUACCAGAUCCGAAUGUAUGCAAUGGUUUGUUAAAUGGAUAUUGUCCGGUUGAUCAAAAUGAGUUAUUGACAUAUCGUUUGGAAAUGCCUGUUCUCAAAAGCUAUCCACAGAUCUCACUCAGUAUCAAACUGUCAAUUGAAGAUGAAAAUCGCAAAAAAAUUUCUUGUUUUGUUGUAAAAUGUAAAGUUGUAAAGGAGUAAAUUACUAUAUAAAAUCUAAAA